CUGUCAGUACCGCACGAGUUGGAGCACUUCACCGUCUCCUUUGCAAAAGCCAGAGGAAAAAAGAAGAAACAGCAGCUGGAAAAAGAAUAAUGGAAAAUUUUACAGACACAAAUGAUAGCUCCGCUUGCAAAGAAAUUCCCUACAACGACAGCAAGACACUUCUGGUUGCUGUUUACAGCAUUGUUUUUGCCAUAGGCCUUCCAGCAAAUUGCUUAACUUCCCUGCUUACAUUUGUACAAAUCCAAAGGAAUAAAGUAAUUGCCAUCUACAUUUUCAGUUUAUCAUUGUGUGAGCUGAUGUAUUUAAGUACUUUGCCUCUCUGGAUUAUCUAUGUGCAAAAUGAGCACCAGUGGAAAAUGGGUCCACGUGCUUGCAAAAUAACAGGAUUCAUCUUUUUCUGCAACAUAUACAUCAGCAUUCUGCUUUUGUGCUGCAUUUCUGUGGAUCGUUACGUGGCACUGGUGUAUGCUCUGGAAUCAAGGGGAAGAAGAGGACAGAAAAUGGCAAUCAUAAUAGUGUGUUUUCUCUUUGCUGUGGUUGCAAUAAUCCACGCUCCAGUAUUUUACAUGGCAGAUGGACAGAAUGAGACGACAUGCUUUGAGACUUUGCCCCUUGACAUAAAAUUAGCUUCUUUCGGCUUUGCUAGGUUCCUGUUCGGAUUUGCCAUACCUUUCACAAUCCUCAUUUUCACAAACUACAAAAUUUUCCAAAGCACAAAGACAAGCAGCAGCUUGACUGGUCGCCAAAAAGCCAAAGUGAAAUAUCUGGCUAUCGCCAUUAUUGUCAUUUUCCUGAUGUGCUUUGCUCCCUACCAUGUGGUACUCUUAAUAAGAUCCAUAUACUUUAUAUUUCAUCAAAAUUGCUCAUGUCCAUUUGAAAAAGAUGUAUAUUCAGUUUUUACAGUGUUUCUGUGUUUAGCCACUGCAAACAGCGUUGCCGAUCCAAUCAUCUACGUGCUGGUUAGUGAAAAUGUCAGAAAAGAUUUUUCUAGAACUCUGAGAAGAUGGAGAUUGAACUCAUCCAGGCUGAAUUCAUCCAUUAAUCACAAGACUGACAGCAUAAAAUUGAAAAUGUCAAAAGAAUCACACGAAAGAGGGCUAAGAGAAGACAGCAAAGAAAUACCAGAUUCAUGUGACAUUCAAAAGACCUGUAGUAGUGGCAAAGACCAAGAAGGUGGCAGCUAGCAGCUAGCUGCUGACAGAAAUAAGAAGCUCACAACACAGCUGCAGGCUGCAGACUGCAGCACACAAGUAUUUACAUGCUGACAUCCGUAGGAAGUUUUGCCACAGUGCAUGGGCCAGCAACUCCCUGAGGAUGCUACGGGAACGAUACUUCUUAUUUCUGUUUGUCUCCUACAACAAAGUUUGCCCACCAAUAUAAUGGGUGAAAAUAUUGCUUUGCUAAGGACGUGCGGAAUAAACUAAGUAAUUUACUUUGACUCAAAUUGAAAUCUUAAAUGCUUAGUUUUUGGACUAGCUCUUUUCCUCAUACGAAUUCAGAACCAGUUUUAUCUUCUGAGCUGGACAAAAAAAAAGUGCCGGCUGAGGAGAACAAUGUAGAGCCUAUUCUUAUGGUUGAAAUUUUUAGUUCUUGAGAGGGCACAUGUUCAGGUUCUCAUACACAUACUCUGUUGUUAAUGUUUGUGGUUAACCAGUGGAAAAUAUUAAAAACGAGGAAGUCUUUCAACAAGAGCCUUGAAAAUGUUCCUUCAGUAUGCAGCUUUAUCUACCUUGCACAUUCUGGGGAGAAUUAGAGGGUACAACAGUGGCCUGAUAACACAGACCAACAGUACUUCCACUGUAUUAGUCAAGAUCCUGCACCGUCCUGAAAUUCUUAAAAUGUACAAUUCUAAUGCCUGAUAUUUUACAAUUAAUAGAUUUUACUUGUUUUGCAGUUAAAUCUGGAGUGCACUGAUGUAUAUAGAAAAUCUCUACCUAUCUGAGGGGUGUCACGGACUGGUUUUACACCAUCUCCAAAUGUUUGUUGAACUUGUAUUCCAUUUCUGGUUAAGCUAACACUUCCCUUUUGGUACAGAUCCACCUUUUAGCGCGUAGGAGUCUGUACAAGUCUUAAGUUUCUUACCAACAAGGAAGGGCUGGCAGCGUGGAGAACACAGUCCCUUCUCCCCAUAGAUAGAGGAGAACACAGUCCCUUCUCCCCAUAAGAUGGAGGAGGACACAGUCCCUUCUCCCCAUAGAUGGGAACUCCCUCGGACACACUGGUGCUGCACACAUGGAACUAUGCUGGGGCCCAUUUCAUUGUUGAUGCUGCUACUUUUGCUAUGAAUAAAUUAUUGAUGGUAGUUUCCUGUGCCUUCAAACCAGAAGUUCAAAAAUAUGAAUGAUACAAAUACGGCGAGAUUUAUCUAAGCAGCUUCUUCCUAUUUUCAUGUGAUCAAAGUAAAACAGACAAAGAUCGUGACCGUUUAUUUGAGUACGAGUUUGUAAAGUGUUUCACAGCGUCGUUCUGCUUCAUCUGUAAUGUAUUUCUGUGAUAUUUUUAAAUUGUCAUUACUGUUGACAUUUCUGAAUUGAACCAACAUUAGCCAAUGUUAAUGUAAAUACAAUACUUGUUUGGGUUUUUUAAAAUUGUAAUAGGUAUUUCUGCAUAUUAUGCUUUAUUCUUACACCCUUUUGCAAGGAAGCAUUGUGCCAAAAUGGCAUUUCCUCAAGUUAUUUUAUUUAUGACAUAUUUAAUUUUUGUAUUACUUAAUGACUCCCCUGGCAUCUACCCAGGAAAGGUAUCCUCAAAAGUCAUUCACAUAAUACUGAAUCGAAUAGGAGAUUGUUUCUUGGAAAAAUGCGAAAUUCUGUUGUGAUGCUAAUUAACAAACUGUGGUUUUGUAUUUUCGUAUGUAUACCAGAGACCAAACUCUCUAAGGUAUCAAGGGCAGAUCUGCAAAGUGCCGAAUAUCUGUAACUUUGCUGAAAAUCAAACUUUCCAUUACUACAAAAAUCAUCAGCAGGCAGUGCUCGUAACAGCCCAGUCAGCCACAGCAUUGGUGAUUAAUCUCUGAAGACGUAUAUGCAAAACUGCCCCAACCUCAGGAUUUUCAUAGUCUAAAUGUAAAACUCUGACAAAUAGCAGUGAAUUUAGAAGAAACCAAAGAUACAGACUUCUCAACUGUUUGAAAUGGAUGCAAAUUAGAUAUUCAACUCAGUGAAUUUUGAAUUCUCUCUGAUAUUUUUCCUCUGAUAAAACAUGAGUGUCUUUAGAGCAACCAAUAUACGACCCCAGCACAGUAGGUGUAGGGGAUAGGGAUUAGCAGGGUCUGAUGCAACAUUUGUAAUUCUUUUGCCUUGCCUAAUUUACAUGCUGCUCUAAAUUACUACUACUACAUUAUGCAUCCUCUUAAUGAAAAUCCUUGGAGCUUCUUUGCUCAGAUGCACUCUCAAAUAAAAUCCUUAGGGGUGACAAGGUCCUGUACAUCUUGAUCCAACUUUGAAGAUGACCUAGAUGAUUUCCAGAGGCACUUUCCAAACUGAAAUAUUCCAUGACAGGGAUUAGGGGCCAGGUACCAACCAACAUAUCCACAUGGAAAAACUGCAAAUCCUGAUUUCUUUGGAUAAAUGGAAAAGCAGCUUUAAGUCUGAGUGAGGACAUCAAGAAAUGCUAUUUCCACAUUGUUAAACUAUCCCAUCUGAUAAGUGGACGGUUUCUCAUCUGAUAAACUGAAGCAUGUGAUCCGUUUUGUCAUGCCGUAUCUGACUGUGCCAUACAGGCAAAGCAAGGGUCUCAACACUGGGACACUUGCUUGAGACACAGCAAAGGACACUACUCGGGUCGGAGCAGCUCUGAAGGGUGGAUUGACUGUGUGGGUCUUUCCAUCCUUUCCUCCUGCGGGGACAGUACCGGUGAGCCUGCAGGGACUGCUUCGUGCUGUGAAGAAAGGUUCGCCCACACCAGAUCUGCAGCUCUCAGCCCAGCUAUUUGGAUCUGUUCCACGGCUUCCUCAACUCAGCUUCAGCUGUAAGUUGACCUGGAGAGAGCACAGAACCAAACCUAGGCCCUGCUUCUCUAUCUGGUUUUUAAACGGCCAGGUCUCCACAUGUAUGGCUCAGAGCGGGUAAGUCGCUCACCGAUGCACUGGGGGUGAGAUUCAAAAAUUUCACUGUCUUUUGUA